CACCAGAAGGAAGGAAAGAAGAUCUUGAACACAUUUGCAAUUUAAAGCAAGAAUGUGGCAAAGUGAAUACUAUGGCCGCUUCUCCAAGAACAACCCCUGCUUCCAAAAAGUCAACUACCUGUCAUGGCACUCCCAAACAUGCCAGUUCGUCAUCUCCCAACCAGAAUGAUUCUACUCCUCUUCCUUCAAUCAACGAGCGGUUGGCCUAUCUCCGCCCCUCCCGGGAACUGCUGGAGUACUAUCGAAAGAAGAUUGCCCAGUUUGAUGAAGAACAUGAAGAGCUGGUUAAAAGGCUGGAAAAAUACAAAGCAACGUAUGAUGAGCAGCACAAAUUGCAAUGGGAAAUGCGUCAGCGGGAAGAAGAAAUUGCCGAGCUGCAGAAGGCUCUGAGCGACAUGCAAGUUUACCUCUUCCAGGAAAGGGAACAUGUGUUGCGCCUUUAUGCUGAGAAUGACCGACUGAAAAUCAGGGAGCUUGAGGAUAGGAAGAAGAUUCAGCACCUUUUGGCUUUAGUGGGAACAGAUAAUGGUGAAAUUACCUAUUUUCACAAGGAACCACCUCACAAGGUCACAAUUCCUCAAAGACUAAUCAAGAGCAGGGAUCCAUAUGGUCGAAAUGAGCACACUGCUCUGAAAACAGGUAUUAAAAGCUCUGCCUCAAAGCCAGCAGCGAAAGGAGGGAAAUCAGAAAGUGCAGAGAGACACCAGAGAGACAACCAGACGCUCCUAUUACAGGUGGAAGCCCUUCAGGCUCAAUUGGAAGAGCAGGCUCGGCUGUCCAAGGAGCAGCUUGAAGCAUUGCUAGAAGACCGGCGUAUCCGCAUAGAAGAAGCUCAAGUUCAACAUCAGAGGGAUCAGGACAAGAUCAAAGACCUUACUGAAAAAUACAACAAAGCUCAGAACUUGCUGUAUGAGAGCACCAAAGAUUUCCUCCAACUGAAAUUCGAUGCACGGGCAAAUGAGAAAUCCUGGAUGGCAGAGAAGGACACUCUGUUAAGGAAGCUGGACAAAAAGAAAAACGAGCCUAAGCGAAGCAGGGUUCGGUGGGGCAGUAAUAGAACUCGGGACUGUGCUCGAAGUCCGCGAGACAGCAGUCAAGAGGAGUGGGAGAGCAGCCCCGGGCAGCCCAGUUUCACCCAGAAGUUAGGAAGUUAUGCAGAGAAGACAGGCGAGGCCAAGCACGCCUCCCAAGCAGAGCACGAAUUUCGUAAAGCACAUAGUGCAGACAUUAAGGCUCUGCAAGGCCAGUUGAUACAGGAACAACGAUUAGCCGACAUGUAUCGAGAGCAGUGUGUUUCCCUGGAAGAAGAGCUGGCCAAGAUUCGGGAGGAAGGAGAUGUGGGCCGAGAGCUCUUCAAGGAGCGCUCCGAAAAGAUGGGGAAGCGGCUGCAGCUGAUGACCCAGCGCUACGAGGCUUUGGAAAAGAGGCGUGGCAUGGAGGUGGAAGGCUUCAGGAAUGACAUCAGACUACUUCGGCAAAGGCUGAAGGAUGUGGAGAAGCAGCUUUUCAAGGUGGCAAUGACAGUUGGGCCAGACCAAGAUCUUGCCAUUUUGCACGAAGUUCGCCAAGGGAACCAAAGAACUAAGAAAAUACAAGGGGAACUGAGAAACUUAAAGUCCAAAAUCUACAGCCUGGAAAACGAGCUAAGAGUCUGUUGAGGAAGAUGCAUAAGUGGAGCUGGGUGUACAUUCGGCAUCCAGAUAUGAAUGGAAGCUCAUAUCUGCUCUCUGACAAUCUGUGUACCUUACUGUGACUCAUGGGUGCAUAUAUAGCUUUAUUCUCCAGGACUGAAGGAGUCCAGGCAAGCUUAUGUGAGACUUGGAAAGGAAAUAGUCUUCUUUUUACAUUUUUAAAAACAUAUCCAUCUUUGGCCGUCCCCUUCCUGUGAUGUCAGGUCAUACUCAGAGUGGGCCACAGUAACUUGGUAACUUACGUUGUUCCAACCCAAUCGUAUUCAUAGUUUAUAGGAUUUUUUAAAUCAGCUCAAAAUGGUACACCGUCCAGGGAUCUCCGAAAAGCAGCUGAAUGAAGUGUGAGCCAUUUGUAGCUGCAGAGAGGAAAGCAGCUUCCAUAAGCUUCCCCAGGAAUCUCUCUGAAAGGGAGGAGGUCCUAUCCUGUGCCAUAGUGGCCAUCCUAUAACCGUAUCUCCGUAAUUAGAAGUUAGUCUCUCCAGUUCUCUCAAAUUAUCUGAGUUCCCUUUAGCCAAAUUCAAACCAUGGUACUUGCAUAGAUCUAAGAGUGUUUUGCUUUUACUUAAGUAUAUUUAGGAUUGUAGCCCUACAUAACAGAACUGUGUGUGCUUUUGAGGGGGGAGCAAGCCCUGCAGUGUUGAAGUGGUCCCGUCUUCCAAGGACAUACACAUGGGACUGCAGCUUAAGUCGAAAGGACUAAAUUGCAUAACGUUGCUUCUUACCACGGUUCUUGUUCAGGUCCUAACUGGAGUAAUAUUUUUAUUACGGCAUUCCUGUUGGUGUGUGUAGUAGGGAGCUGAGAGAGCAACCACCUGCCCCCUGAUGUAGUAUUCGCAUUGGCCCCCUAAUACUUUUCACUGAUUCUAUAACUAGAUCACUUCUGCAACCAGUAAUGGAGGCGACACUAUAGACAAUUACUGAUCUUUCAACUAGUCUGUUAACUUCUCCGUGGGAAAAAGUAUAAUGUAAGAAAUGUAAGGUAGUGUAUUGCGGAUCAUAUGUGACCAUAUGUUCACUGAUGUUAGGAGCAUAGAUGGGCAAGUGAUUAAGUCCUUGAGCAUGUCUAGAAUAGAAGCAUAUGCAAUCGGCAAAUGGGAUGAUACACCACUAGUUUCCUAUAAAGGGGAGCUUUCUGUGUAUGAAAUUUUAACAAUUCCCCCAGAAGCUCUGCUUUUUAGAACAGGUAACUUCCUGCCCUGUGAUAUUUAUCUAUUAGGGAACCCAAGAAGCUUAAACUAGAGUGAUGCUAGUGAGAAAAUACUAAUUUGCACCCUUUGUGCAGAAGUUGUUUUUAAAAUCAUUACCUACAGCAUACCUUCCCUCCUUGUUUCUGUCACUAACAAAGAGGCUGUGGUUACAAGAAGCUGAGAAUGCAAAGCAGUGUGACUAAACUGAAUUUUAUUUAUUACCUUAACAAAUAUGACUAGGUGAAAAAAGACCAAUGCGCUGAAAGAUGUGUUUGCACUACAAAUAUAAAUGAGAUGUAAUAGUUGCCUGUAGAAGCAACAUGAUAUAUAUCCAGUCUGUAUUCCUCAAUGUUUCCAACUGGUUUGUAGUGAUAAAAAAUAUUUACUAAGUGAACACCCAACAAAAUUAGAUGCUCUGUCAUCUUCUUUCCCAAGACACCUUUUAAUAAGUGCAAGACAUUUCACAUGACUUGAAAGCACCUUUUACAGAAGUUUUUCUUUUUGAUCUGUGUUUUCUAUUUUGUUUUUGUUAAUUUCAAAUCCAGGUUUUACA